AUGGGCGACGCCGCAAAGUGCCCCGUAAACCACAUCAACGUCGCUGGUGGUGGAACUAAGAACCGUGACUGGUGGCCUGAAUCACUCAAGCUUAACAUUCUUCGUCAGCACACAAAUGUAACCAACCCUCUGGGAGAUGAUUUCGACUAUGCGGCCGCUUUCAAGACCCUUGAUUAUGAAGCCGUUAAGAAGGACCUGACGGCCCUCAUGACCGACUCUCAGGACUGGUGGCCUGCUGACUUUGGUCACUAUGGAGGUCUGUUUAUUCGUCUGGCUUGGCAUAGUGCCGGCACAUAUCGUGUCUUUGACGGACGUGGCGGAGGUGGACAGGGCCAACAACGAUUCGCACCUCUCAACAGCUGGCCCGACAACGUGAGCUUGGACAAGGCUCGACGUCUUCUUUGGCCUAUCAAGGCAAAGUAUGGCAACAGGCUUUCAUGGGCUGAUCUCAUCAUCCUGUCCGGCAAUGUGGCCCUCGAAUCUAUGGGGUUCAAGACCAUAGGUUUCGCAGGUGGCCGUUCCGACACUUGGGAAGCUGACGAGGCUGCCUACUGGGGUGGCGAAACUACGUGGCUGGGCAACGACGUGCGAUAUGCCCACGGUUUUGCAGGUACUACCAAAGAGCACGGUGUCGUCGACUCCGACGAGAAGAGGCACGACAGCAAAGAUAUCCACUCUCGCGAUCUUGAGUCUCCCCUAGCAGCGGUACACAUGGGUCUUAUUUAUGUGAACCCAGAGGGUCCCGAUGCCAGUGCUGAUAUUAUUGCGGCGGCUCGGGACAUCCGCACCACUUUUGCUCGUAUGGCGAUGAACGAUGAAGAGACAGUAGCUUUGAUUGCUGGUGGUCACACUUUCGGUAAAACCCAUGGCGCAGGUCCUUCAAGCAAUGUAGGCCCUGAACCUGCGGCCGCACCUCUUGAGAACCAAGGCCUUGGCUGGGCCAGCACUUUUGGUUCUGGAAAGGGCGGGGAUACCAUCACCAGUGGCCUUGAGGUGACUUGGACCAAGACACCGACCAGAUGGAGCAACCAGUUCUUCGAAUAUCUCUUCAAGUACGAGUGGGAACUCACCAAGAGCCCUGCCGGUGCGAAGCAAUGGGUGGCGAAGAAUGCUGAGCCGUUUAUUCCCCACGCUUUCGAUCCUAACAAGAAGCAGCUGCCUACUAUGCUGACCACGGACUUGUCGCUGCGUUUUGACCCUGCUUACGAGAAGAUCUCUCGUCGUUUCUUGGAACAUCCCGAUCAGUUCGCUGAUGCGUUUGCCAAGGCUUGGUUCAAGCUCACACACCGUGACAUGGGACCAAUCAGCCGAUACGUGGGCCCCGAAAUCCCCAAGGAACAGUUCCCCUGGCAGGACCCCAUCCCCGCUGUCAACUACACUCUGGUCAACGACAGUGAUGUCGCUGCUCUUAAGAAGGAAAUCUUGGCAUCUGGAGUUACCCCAUCCAAGCUAAUCUCCACUGCCUGGGCAUCUGCUUCAACCUUCCGCGGUAGCGAUAAGCGAGGUGGCGCCAACGGUGCUCGUAUUCGCUUGGCACCACAGAAGGACUGGGAGGCCAACAACCCUGCUCAGUUGGCUGAGGUUCUGCAGGCACUAGAGAAGAUUCAGCAGAAGUUCAACAGCUCGAGUGGUGGCAAGAAGGUGUCUCUCGCUGACCUGAUCGUCCUCGCGGGAUCUGCGGCUAUUGAGAAGGCUGCCAAGGAUGCUGGACACGAUAUCACUGUUCCAUUCGUUCCUGGCCGCAAUGAUGCCACUCAAGAGCAGACUGAUGUUGAUUCGGUUGGCUAUCUCCAGCCUGUCGCAGAUGGUUUCCGUAACUACGGCAAGUCAACACCAAGAGUCAAGCUGGAGCACUUCUUGGUCGACAAGGCCCACCUUCUCACUCUCUCAGUGCCCGAGCUGACUGUUCUCAUCGGUGGUCUCCGUGUGCUGAACACAAACUACGACGGGUCAACUCACGGCGUUUUCACCAGCCAGCCUGGUGUUCUCACCAACGACUUUUUUAUUAACCUCCUGGAUAUGGGAACUGUCUGGAAGCCCAACCCCUCUGAUAGUGAUCUCUUUGAGGGCAGUGACCGCAAGAGUGGUGCCAAGAAGUGGACUGCAACUCGUGUUGACUUGGUUCUCGGUUCUCACCCUGAGCUGCGGGCUGUUGCGGAAGUGUACGGCAGCUCCGAUUCUAAGCAGAAGUUUGUGAAAGACUUCGUGGCUGCUUGGACAAAGGUUGUGAAUCUAGAUCGCUUUGAUCUCCCACGGGAGUCUCCCUUAAGGCCAACUAGCCGCUUGUAA